UAAACAUGUAUCCGGCGGUGUGUUGGUGGCGCCGCAUUGCUUGGCGCGGAGCCUGCGCCCUUCCUUCUGGUACAUUCCCCGACGCAAUCCGACCCCGUUCGCACCAGCCAAGCUUUCCUCCUAACUCAACGUCAACACGUUGUCAUUCUUCGUUUUUUGCGGCAACGGACGUGCAGCGUUUUUGCGGCGGUCAUCUUUCCAGUGUUGGCGACAGCAAAUUGCUACCUUCAGCUUCGCUUUCGCGUGUCGGGCAGCUUUCGGGGCGAGAAUUUUCCAGCAGCAAUAAAGCCAAGCAUAAAAUGACGGCCAGCAAGUACCAGAUUGCGGAACGUGGCGCUCCCAACUCCACCGACUAUCGGGUUUAUUUCAAGAACGAAAACGGACAGUCCAUUUCACCUCUGCAUGACAUUCCACUGUACGCGAACGAUGAGCGAACCGUGUACAACAUGGUGGUGGAGGUGCCCCGCUGGACAAACGCCAAGAUGGAAAUCAGCUUGGGCGAGGGCCUGAACCCGAUCAAGCAGGACGUGAAGAAGGGCAAGCUGCGGUUCGUCGCCAACUGCUUCCCGCACCACGGCUACAUCUGGAACUACGGUGCGUUCCCGCAGACCUGGGAGAACCCGGACCACCUGGACGCGGACACCGGCUGCAAGGGCGACAACGAUCCCAUCGAUGUGCUCGAGAUUGGCUCGCGCAUUGCGAAGCGGGGCGAGGUGCUGCAGGUGAAAAUACUCGGCACGAUCGCACUGAUCGACGAGGGCGAAACGGACUGGAAGAUUAUCACGAUCAACGUGAACGACCCGUUGGUCGAUCAGGUGAACGAUAUCGGCGACGUGGAGACGGUGUUCCCCGGGCUGCUGCGCGCCUCGGUCGAGUGGUUCAAGAUCUACAAGAUCCCGGACGGCAAGCCGGAGAAUCAGUUCGCGUUCAACGGCGACGCGAAGGAUGCCGCAUUCGCCACCAAGACGGUCGCUGAGACGCACCGGUUUUGGCAGCAGCUGGUUAACAAGGAGGUUGACAACAAUGGCAUCUCAUGCCUGAACACGACCGUCGACGGUUCGCCGUAUCUGGUGGCUAAUGAUGCAGCAGAUGAGGUGUUUGCCAAGAGUGCGACCGGUGGUAAUCCCGAGCCCGUCAGUGAAGCACUUGACAAAUGGCACUACAUUACGCUGAAGUAAACGAUCGAGAACGAUUGGAGCGUUGAAGACAACUGCACACAUUCGAUUGUAGGUGGAGAUGUUGUUUUAAUACCUUCGUAAAGUGGAAGCUAGCGAGAUUUUUUAAUUAAUCAUUCUUCAGUACAGCAGUCUAAAGCCCGCGGUUAAUUUGGUAGGUGUUAUAUUUAUUUAUUGUAAACUGCACACGAUAAAACAUUUGCUCGCAGCGAUUCGGUUCGGAAAAGGUUGAUGCAUUUAAUAAAAGUGAAAUUAACUGAAGGAUCCAA